UUUGUAAAGAUCAGAGACUUCAAAACAAAGAAGGAAGAUGGCCGACUCAGAAGGUCGGCUGUCACCUUCUUGUCUCGGUGAAUUUGAAGACGAGGCACUUGAUCCAAGGAUACAGGAUGAAUUAGAGAGGUUAAACAAGGCUUCAGAGGAGAUCAACAGAUUAGAGUUGGAAUUAGAUGAUGCACGAGCAUCAUUCAGACAGGCAUUAACAGAUUCUACAUACAAACUUGAUGCCUUGGCCAAGAAGCUUGGAUCUUGUGUGGAUAAGGCAAGACCUUAUUAUGAAGCUAGGCUUAAAUCCAAAGAGGUACAUGUGGAGACACAGAAGGCUGCGUACAUGUUUGAGCGUGCAUGUAGCAUGCAUGAGGCAGCUAAGGAGAUGGUGCAACUGGCAGAACAGGGUUAUAUGCAACGAGAAGACUCGGGGGACCCUGCCUGGCAGGAAAUGCUCAACCAUGCUACCAUGAAGGUAAAUGAUGCAGAAAUGGAGAGACUCGAAAGUGAGAAGGUGCACUUGAAGACAACUCAGAAGUUCAAGGAAGCUGAAGAACAAGUUCUUAAAUUACAAAAAGAUCUCAAGCGUUCGAUUAACAAAUCUAAAUUGUCGGUCCGACGUAGCUUUCUCAGGCUCUCAGACAUUGUUAACCAAUAUGAAAUAGAACUCUUGCCAUACUUUGAAAUGAAAGCCAAAUUCAAUCAAAUGAUGGAGGAUAGAAAAUCAAAUGUAAUGAUGUUGGAAGAAUCUGUAGCCGGUACUAAAAAGACAUACUCAGAUGCUCUCCGUAGUCUGGAGGAGAUCAGUGAAGCAAUCCAUCAAAAACGUAUUGAUAUGCGUAACCAGGCCGAGCUUGGAAUACGUGGGGCCGGUGUGGGGUCCGAGUCCCCAUCUCCACCUCCGAUGAGGGGUAAAGUUCAUGUUCCCAUUGAUGGUAAGACAACGCAUUUAGCUAGUAGUUGUAAUACGGGUAACAGUCCGACAACAGUCACAUCUGCUCAGUUUAGCGUAAGCGAUACAUCUAGUCAAGAUUUCCGACCUCCGUCAGUCAUUUACUCGUCCCCCGAGAAAGCUCGGAGAGAGAGUUAUCGCCAGGCAAUCGAAGCGAGACAAUCCAUGCAGGGUAACCUUAACGAUAUAGGUGAAGACUACAGUGUUAACCUUGAUGAUGAGUAUUUAGCUUUACCGAAAAAAUUAUCAAAAAAUAGUUCUAAUGAGGACGUGUCUGAUGAUAUAUUUGAUAAAAGUAAAGACGGAGCUGCAACACAGGACUCUUUAAGUAUUGAUACAAACACUUCAGAUGGAUCCUCUAAUUUGUCCACAUCUCCAGCAGGAAUGGGCAAAAAGCCAUCUUCCAAAUUGAAAGGUCUCAUUUUAGUCCCUGUUGGGGCAGGAAUGGACCCUUUACAAGCCAACAUAAAAAUAACUACAAAACCACAUGUGGCAAGGUCAAGAACUGAACCAAUAAGGCCAAUGUCAUACCCAUACACUCAUAAUACUGAUAACAAGAAUAGAGUUGUCACCCCUACUGCCAGCUCUUCAACCAAAGAGGAAAAGAAAGUAGGAAUGGAAGAGGAAAUCACCACUCCAAGUUCAGAAAAGUCAUUCAGGAGAUUGUUGAAAGUUCCGUCGGUGCAAGACUUUGAUGAGGGGUCUAUAUCUGAUACAGAAAGUAUUACAAGUGGGACAAUGCUUGACGAUGACCAAGUAGAAUUUCUAACAAUGGACUUCUCAAAAUGUAGAUUAGAUUCACUGGAGGAAAGGCAAGAAAUUCAUGAAUACAGGAGGUUUAGUUUGCCUCCAACUCUAAGUCAAGUAGAAACUUUUGUUCGACAAGUGUCAAAUGAAAACGAGGCCAGUAAAAGUCCGGAAGGUUUAGGUGCUGAUGUAAAUGACACAACAAAUAAUACUCUAACAGCGGAGAAUAUAGUGGAUCCUGACACUGUAUAUGAAGUUUGAACGAGAAAAUAAUGGCAUUUUUGUGUCGCCUCUACGGAGUAGUGGCGACAUAUAGGGAUCACUUCUCCGUCGUCUGUCUGUCUUUAAUUUUAAAGUUUGUCCGGACUACUUCUCUUAUACCACUAAUGCAAUUUCAAUGAAACUUUACAGGAUUGAUCUGUAGCUCAAGUCCUUGCGCAUAUUGCACGGGUUUUCUGGUUGAAUGAUUUUUGGCCGAGUUAUGGCCCUUUGAUAAAAAGCUGUUUUUUUCUGUGUGUUGCCAGAUACGCAAAAGCUUGUGCGGACUACUCCUCAUAAACUACUGGUGCAAUUUUAUCCAAACUUUACAGGAAUGAUCAGUACCAAGUCUAGUUGUGCACUGUCUGUCUGUCUGUCCGUCUGUCACAAAAUUUGUCCCAACAUGAAAUUGGCCAUCAUGAGGCGACACAUGUGAUUACUGAUCGCUCUUGUGAGAAAUAGGUGUUUUUAGACUUUUACACAGAAAAAAAAGCUUUAAAUUUGAUUAUAUCUUUUUUAAUGGCAUAAUAAAUUAUUUUGAUUUGUAAAAUGAUGGAAAAUUAAAAACUUGAAUUAUAUUAUAUGAAUAUUUCAUAUGAAAGUGUAAUGUUUAACAUUUAUUUUGAAAAAAAAGAAAUUUUUUUUUUUUUUAGAUUUAGUCAUAUUUUCUAAUUUUCUUUAAAAAAAAUUCAUGAAAGCAAUAUUCUAUAGCUUCUCAACAUCACAUACCAGUCUAAAUACAGUCUAGUAAAAAAUGAAUGAAUUACAUUUAAGGUAAUAUUUUCGUUGUCACUUAUAUUGUAGUCUAAUUAUAGAAUUAUUUUUGUCUUCAAUCAGUCAACUUCGCUAAACCAUUCACCCAAUUCAUUAUGGAACUUUGAAAUCCACAAUUUAUGUAAAAUUUGGGAAUUUAUUAUAGGCAUAUUCUAUCAUUCAUAAUUUUUCUUUUUGAAAUUGCAACAGUGGUACAAUUUAAGCUUUACUUUUAAUUAUUUAUUAACCCAAAUAUGUCAUUCUUAAAUUUCUAUAUUUGUCCUGGACAGAUUAACACCUAGUUAUUAUAUUGCAAUGAAAAUGCUAUUGUGUUAUUUUUUUCUGAAUGAUUAAUAACAGACAUUCAGUUUUUACUAGGCUACAGAAAAAUAUAGUACAGUUGAUGUUGUGUUGUCUAGUUUUAAAUCAAUACUCAAUUGAAUGCAGCAUUUUUUGAGAUUUUGGUGCUGUAUGAAUGGUUUGGAAAAAUGUGAAACUUUGCUUAGAAAAAUGUGAAAAUACAUUGUUUAAUUGGAUAUUUACGUAUUUAUAAGGCAAAAAUAGGAUUUUUUUUCGUGUAGAGCUUGUUUAAAGUGGCAUGGUUCUAUACAUAGGUACAAGUGGCAGGGUUCUUUACCUUGGUAAAAGUGGCAAGGUUUUAUAACUUGGUAAUUAGUGGCAAGGUCCUAUAACUUGGUAAAAGUUGCAAGGGUAUAUGACUUGGUAAAAGUAGGAAGGUUUUAUAACUUGGUAAAAGUGGCAGGGUUUUAUAACUUGGUAACAAUGGCAAAGUUCUAAAACUUGGUAAUAGUAGCAAGGUUCUAAAGUUGAUAAACGUUGCAAGGGUCUAUAACUUGGUAAUAGUAGCAUAGUAGCAAGGUUCUAUAAUUUGGCAAUGAUGGCAAGGUUCUAUAACUAAAAAAAGCAAAUAUUAGGAAAAUUAAUGACUGUAAAAGGAAAUAUAGGCAACAGAAAUUCGAGAAAUAGAAUCCUAAUAAUGUAUAUUACUACAAUAAAAGGGGAAGAUCAUUAUAAGAUGGAAUUAUUCAUUGACAGAAGACUUGAUUUUUAAAAUUUAUAUGCUGGCAUUGAAAACAGAACUUUGCCACCAGUAUAGAGAUGGGAAAAUGUUUGCAUUCAGAUGAGACAAUGCAGUUUGUAGCUAGAUUCCAGCAUAAUAACUACCAAAAUCUUUAAAAGCUUUAAUGCCCUAGAACUAAAUUGAAAACUGGUCAAGUCUAUUGUUUAAAUUUUGGGAGAUGUUAGAUAUGCAAAAUAUGCAUUACAUAUAGGCAAGAGAAAAAGCAUUUGCGAAUCAAUUUGGAUGUAAUGGUGAAAUAUUUUGAAUUAACUGCAAUACUUGUUAAACAUGAAAUGUGAUAUAUAAGUUGAGUAUGUACAUGUGUAGGUAAAAACAGGGUGUUACAAUUUUAUUAAAUGUUUUUUUAGUCAUGAUAGUCAGUCAUGUUAUAAUGACAGAAAAUUUGGUUAACAUUUAUUGUUUAAGUGAUAGUAAUUAUGAAAGCACUGCGUGUUUGAUGGUAAAAAUGAUUUUCUGAAUUCUUUAGAAAAAAUGACUUUCUAUAGUAAUAUAAAUGUUGUAAGAUGAAAGUAAACUUUUUGUUUUCUUAAUUUGAUUUUUUACUCUUUUAGAAAUGUUUUAUUAAUAUUUUCUCCAUUGAAAAAGAUACUGAUUUUUCAUUUAUUGUUUUCUGUUUUCUCUAUUUUAGAAUAUAGGUGUUUAUAGUAUCCUGCAUUUGUUCAGUAGAAAUCUCUAGACCUCAUUUUUGUAUUGUUUUUGUAAAGUGUGAUAUAUUCUAUGUUCACAAAAAGAAACAUUUUACAGAGUUAUUAGAUACCUCAUCACUAAGUAACAUUAUUGUGUUAUUUUUAUGUACACUGUAAAGCAUGUAGGAUAUUUUAAUAUGUUAAGGAUCCAGAUCUCAAUAUAGUUGCUGCCAAUGAAUGAAUGAUGAAGAUGUUGGAAAAAAGUUGUGUAAUUAAACUAAUACUUUAACCUUUCCCAUCAGUCAACAGCCAUGCAGACUGACCCAAUCUGUCUUCAAAUCAGCUUUAAUUUCCCAUCCUGAUAUCCCCAAAAUUGAUAAUGUUCAGUUUGAAAAAAAAAAAAGAAAGCUGGAGAAUUCCAUUUAAGACAUUCAGCUGGUUAAAUAUAUUAACAUAACAUUAUUUUGCGUACCUGAUCAGGAUGGGAUACAAACAAUUUAAGUGGUGAUAACCUCAUCUUGCCUCCUGUAGAGAUCUAAGCCAUCAUGUAAAUCAAUGGACUCUGGUCAACAUAAAUGUAGUCUGUCCAGAUUUUAUACUUUUAGGUACUUGACUUUAGGACAUUGAUACUCGAAUCCAUUGAAUUAUUAACUGUGUAAUACAGCAGUCAUACAGUCUAUAUUAUUGACUGGCUAGCUUCAAAAUCAAAUCUAGAUGUUCCGAAAAUUGAUAAUGAACAGUUCCAAAAAUAGAAGCUAGACAAGUCCAUUUCUUUUAUUCAACAGGUUAAGUGUUAAAUAGCAAUUGUUUUGUGUCUUUGAGGUAAAAUCUAGAUGUUAUUAUCUCAAUAUUUUAGUAAUACAGUUUUAAUUGUGAUAUUAGAUAUAAAAAGUUUUAGAUUUUUAUAUGUAACGUAAAGAUACAAAGAUCAGCAUACUGUUAAGAUUUUUAUUGUAACUCUCUAAACUCUGUAAUGUCAAGCAGCUAUAAUGACUUUUCUAUGGCCACUGAAUAAAGCCAGACAAUUCUUUAAAAUGAUGUUGUCUGAAAGAGUCUAUUUUAUUGGCUGUAUAAGUUUGUUUUGAAAUCUCUUCAAAUAACAAUGGGCAGUUAUAAAUUCAAAGACACAAAUUUAGCAGGCUUAUAUUCAUCAUUGUAUGAGGGAUGUUAUAUUUAUUUCUUAUAUACUUACUAUUUUAAUACACAAAGUUUGGAUUUUUGUGAGCAUUUUGUUUGGACACCAAUUUAGACUUUCAAAAUUUUCAUAUUUUGAAACUUUUACUGAAAUUUGUCAUUAUGAUCCCCCUUCCUCCCUCCCUCUAUUUUAAUGACACUUCCCCUUUCCCUUUUUAAUUUAUUCAGAUUUCAUGUAUGUGAGUGAGUAUAGUAGAUCUUAUAGGAAAUGAAUCUCUCUCUAUGAUUUAUCUGUUUUAUUUUGACUCUCACACACACAUGCAGUCUAACCAGGCUGUUGGCUGACCCUAUUUUAAAUUUUUAUCUUGAUAUCCCAAAAUUUAUAAAAAGGAUCCUGGAUAAAACCAUUGAAGAAAUUUAGCAGGAUCAGAACUUUAAUGUUUGAUGUACUAAGCACUAAGCCAAAAUUUUACUGCGAUUUGAUGAAGUUAUUUGAACUAAUUCUUCACUUUUCAGUGAAUGAAUUGAGUUUAUUAAGCUUAAAUGAUAUUUCAGCUUGUCUGUUUUUGAAGAAAAAGUCCUGAUAUAAUGAUCACUGUGGCAUUCGAUGCAAAAAUCUUUCUAAGGGAACCCAUUAUUCAUACAUCAACAUGAAACUUGGAAUAUUUGCUUAUUUUGACUAGAUGCAGUUGUUAGACAAGGGGCAUAAUUCUGAAAGCUAUAUUUUUGUAGUUACGUCCCUUCUUAACUUAGAAUUUUUGUCAGAAGUGAUUAUUUUAACAGGCAAGUAUUAACACUGCAUGUAGUGCUCUUGUUUACAAUGGUUACAGUGUUCCAUUGUGAUGACAACAGAUUUUCCUCAAUUUUCAGACAUUUAAAGGUUGAUUGUAAAGUUUGAUUGCCUAUCUUGAAAAACAAAUUUAAAUGUGCAUCAUACAGCUUUUAACUACUAGUACCUACAGUGAUUGAACUUUGCCACCAGUAUAUAGCCAGGCCAGCUUGCACAUCCAUGCAGUCUGACCAAGCUCUGUAAUGUUGGCUGAAUAACUUUAGAUUUCAUUUUUUAUAUCCCCGAAAAUGGACAAUGGGCAGUUUAAAACACUGAUCCUCGACAAGUUUGUUUACCUUUAAGUUAUAAAUUGAGAUAAGCUGAUUUUUAUCUCUUAAAAUGUUGAAUAAUUUAAUUCUGUAGCUCAUGCAUGGAAUACAUUUGUUGUACUUUAUACAACUUUUUAAAUAAAUAAUGAUUAGCUUCGUAGGUUUGUGUAGAGGUAUCAUGGAUAUUUAAUGAUUGUAAUGCAAUACGAGACAGUGUGUGUUUGAACUUAAUGGGGGGUCACCCAUGUUGAGUAAAUGUUGACGGUUAUGAAUUGUUUAUAUCAUAAAUGUAUCACAGCAAAAGUUGUUAACAUUUUGUUAGUUUUAUAUUGUUUUAGAGUGAUAUAAAAGUUAAUAAACAAUAGUUGAUUACUUA